AUGAGCCUGACUUACGUGCCACAGAUUAGGGGACGAAUAAUAGUCGAUGUCGAAAAGUUUGGCGCGGUUAGGUUUGGGCACAAGGAGAACAUCGCUGCAUCAGAAGCUCUGAAAGUCGAUCUCAGCGGAGAGCCUAUAAUAGUCGAUGAGGAUUGGUGCCUGUUCGAUUCUCAAAUUCCCGGCUAUUCCCUUUCCGCAAAAAGGUGGUGCUUCUUCGAACUAGACCGGACAACCGAAUUCGAAUACAACACAAGAGCCUUCGAGUCGCUUGCUCUAGCCGAGGAACAAAAGGUAAUGCUCUCCUCACUUGUCAAAGCGCAUUCGGAAGAGCUACAAUUCGAUGACCUUGUGAAAGGGAAAGGAAAGGGGCUGGUUUUCCUUCUUCAUGGUGAACCUGGUGUUGGAAAAACUCUUACGGCUGAGAGUUUAGGUGACUACACAAGACGACCGCUCUACUCUGUGAGCUCUGGUGAUCUUGGGACAACGGCUACGGAUUGCGAACGGGCUCUUGUUGAAAUCCUCGACCUAGCGACAUGCUGGAAGGCAAUCCUCCUCAUUGACGAAGCAGAUGUCUUCUUGCAGCAGCGUAGCCAGCAUGAUUUGGUGCGAAACGGCGUUGUGGCAGUGUUUCUUCGGCUUCUUGAGUAUUUCGAAGGCAUCAUGUUUCUCACCACCAACCGCAUCACAGAUUUCGAUUCGGCAUUCAUAUCGCGCAUUCACCUCGCCAUCAGGUAUCCCGGCUUGUCGCCGCUUUCUCAGCGCCAAUUAUGGACUACAUUCAUCACAAACGAUUCUCAGCGUCCCAAGCCUUAUUGGCUGACCACAGCUCUCCUAGACACCUUGUCUGCCAAAGCACUGAAUGGGCGUCAAAUCAAGAAUGUUGUGCGUACAGCAAUGGCUCUGGCCGUAGCGGCGGGGAGAGAGCUACACCCAAAGGAUAUACAAACGAGCUUGAAGGCAAUGAAGGAUUUCGAGAGGGAUUUCGCAGAGGCCAGGGAGGAAACGCACGUCGGAAGGACUGCCCUAGAUGAUGAUCGUGAUGCUGAUGGAUACGAGAGACCAUCGGUUUCUGGGAACGGUUCAAAGAGGCCACGACUUGUGUAG